UUACCCUGCUGUCAGAUCCUUCACACUUCAAGUCCCACUCUGGUCUCUUGCUUUCAGAACUAGGUAUUCAAGUCAGUGCAGAAGGGGCUGAGCGCACAGUGCCAUUCCGGGUUGGGACCAGGAGGCAGGCUGAAGAAUUUGGCAUUUUGGAGCCUGGGGCCACAAGAUAAGAUAAGAUUACAGAGGUACAGGCCCAUGCCAGAGAGCAGAGUAUCAUGAUCUGAGCCAGGGGAACAAGAAUUUGCACUCUGCCUUUGUUUUGAGCACUGAUGGGUCACUGAGUGCCGACACGGGCUGAUUGCUGAUAUUGUCCACUGUCCCUCCUUGAAGAUGCUCAGAAGUCACCUGGACACGGAGUUGGGCAAUGGGCUCUUGGUGACUCUGCUUGGGUAGCAGAGUUUGCACCAGAUGAUCUACAGAGAUAUCUGCCAAUAACAACUCUUCUCUGAUUCUGCUGCUCUGAUAUGACCUACAAGGGAAGGAAAUAUGCCCUUCCAAUGAGUCUCUUCUGUGCAUGCUUCUCCUUCCCUUCCCCACAGGCAUUCCUUCCAUUGCUGAAGAAGGCAGCCCAGGGGAGCCCAGGCUCAGGGAUGAGCUGCAGCAAGGCAGCCAUUGUCAACAUUUCCAGCAUCGGGGGUUCAAUCAAAGAAGUGUAUUUAUGGGAAGCCAUACAAGCUGUCUGUUAUCGCUGCAGCAAGGCUGCUCAGAACAUGCUCACCAGGUGCCAGUCCAUGGGGUACCGAGAACACGGCAUCCUCUGCAUUGCUUUCCAUCCCGGAUGGGUGCAAACAGACAUGGGGAAUGCGGCUGGAGCCACGCCCCCGCUGACAGUGGAUGACAGCGUAGGAGGGAUGCUGAAGGUGCUCUCCAAGCUCUCUGAGAAGGACAGCGGGACCUUCCUGGACUGGGAAGGGAACGUUGUGGCCUGGUGAGGUGCUGGCCUGACCUCGUGCCUGGAUCCUGGCAGUGGCCCCUCUGCUGCUGCCCGACCUCUGCUACAUCCUCAAUAAACCCAUGUCUGAAAACAGCAAUGCUCUUGGCUUCAUCUCUAUCCACAACAGGCUCUAUCGCUCCAUGCUUGCAGCCCAUGUAGGGCAGCCUCUUCCCACGGGUGUUCUACUCCUCAUCUUCGUGCAUCAGCAUCCUCUGCUCCCAACCACAGUCACUUUCUGGAGUCCCAAUAAGAGUCAGCUAUCACUGC